AUGUACUCCACGUCUACAGCUUCCACCACGACCUCAGGGUCUGGUCGUGCGACUGGCGUCAUAGCUGGCGAUCGGCGAGUCCGCGUAGUGAAGUUGGUACGACCACGGCGAGCUGCCCCGGCCUAUGGUUUCGCACUCAGAGGCGGCCGAGAGUACGCCACCGGAUUCUUUAUAUCCAAAGUCGACUUUAAUUCUGAAGCACAUCAUCAGGGAUUAAAGGUCGGUGACCAGCUAGUGAGCGUGAAUGGAUAUCGGGUGGACGACGCUGUACAUGCAGAGUUAGUGCACUACCUCGCCUCACAGACGAGGCUAAAGAUCAAAGUUAGACAUGUGGGGAUGUUACCUGUCAAAGACAAGGCUCAUGAGCAACUGUCAUGGCAGUUCGUGUCGGAACGCGCGUCGCUGGGGUCUGACGUGUCCUCCUCACCAACGCUUUGUCACGACACAGACAGACUCACAGACAUGCGUCUCUCCAUACUCGUGCCGCCUAGAGCGAAGCUUGGCUGCGGAAUUUGCAAAGGUCCAGAUUGGAAACCGGGUAUCUUUGUACAAUUCGUACGGGAUGGCGGCAUCGCUCGCGAAGCAGGAUUAAGACCGGGAGACCAAAUCUUGUCCUGCAAUGGUCUAGAUUUUACAAAUGUCUCUUUCAACGAAGCUAUAACGGCAAUGAAGGCGACUGGGCGCCUGGAACUUGUGAUACGAGAAGGUGCAGGCACUGAGCUGGUAUCUCCAGAAAGUUCAGGGUACAAUAGUUCGGCUUCAUCUGCAGCUGGCGAAAGGAGUCCAGCACCGACUGCACCUCAUGUUCCACUUGCGCCUCCUGCUGCUCUACGUCGAAGGCUCGCAAGCGUAGCUGAGGAAGCUGCUGACCGAGCUGACAGAUUAACAAUGAGUAGGUUAAAGCGUAGAACAUGGGACAGUUUAGACUUCGAAUGGAAGAAUGGCGACAUACAUAACUUUGAUAUACCUUCCGAUAUAGAACCCGACUAUGAUAGCCCCAGUAUACCAAACAAUCCUCACACUUAUGAAAACAAAAGUAAUUUGAGAAGUAAAAAUAAAAAAGAUUAUAUAACCAGUCCCUCAAAUAGAACUAUUAUAAAUCUAACUGAAGAUGGAGCUACCAUACAAUGUAGUUACGAUAACAACCAAUCGCCAAGAAAGAACACUUUUGCAGCAAAUCACACGAACAGAGACAACGAAAAAAAAACUAUAGUAGUUGAAGUUCAUCAUACGAGCACUACUACAUGUGGUAAAACUGCCUGCAAUUAUCCGCCGCCUAUGAAAAACGAUUCUGACUCCAUCAGUCUCUCCAGUUCUGCUACAUUAUCGAGUGCCAUUGCUGAUGAAAUACAACGACGUAAGAUGAAUACGAAGAAAACAAACGCAGCCAACACACCACCACCGCCACCACCGAAGAAACCUGUUAUUCUAAAGCCAGGAGAUGAAAAGAAAAAACACCAUGACGCGCUAAUGGAUGAGUUUAAAAAAGUUCAUCGAAAGAUGUUUGCAAAUCAAGAAACUGACAAGAACAACGCGGAUGUUCAGAAAAAUGACAGUGAAACAGUGGAUCGGCAACAAACGUUACCCUUGAAGAAAGCUGAGCAAGCGGCUGAUGUAGCAAGCAAUAAUCAUGCUCCCCCAAAAAGAGAAGCCACUGACAACCCGCCCCCUCCACCACCGAUGCCUACUACAAAUGGACACCAAAAUGGAAACCAUAAAGUUUUGGAUAGUCAGAAAACUGUCACGAAGUCACCUAUCGCAGAUAUCAUGACAAAUUCAAAUAAUAGAAAAAAUGGUACUAUAAUGAGAACUCCGACACCAGAUUAUAAUAAGAAAACUGAACCGAUUUCUCAAAUUAAGAGUAUUAAAGACGAGAAAGUGGAACUAGAAUCACUAGAAUCUUAUAAACUAAAAAAUCCGUCCAAUGUACCACCUAAACCACCUUCCAAUUAUUUUGUGAAAGCACCAAAUGGCACAGCUACGAUGAAGAAACAUUCCCGGCCUGUGUCUGUAACGAUAGGUGAAUACGCUUACGGUGGUGGUAGCAGAAGGGAACCGACAAAGUUAGACUUCCUUAACGGAGAGAAACCUAAUGGUCUACGUGAUGCUGACGAAGAUGUUUCGAUAUCAAAUAGGCUUCAAUCAGAACUGGCUUUAACACUUUCUAGAUCUAAUUUACGUAAGAAAACUGAAGCUUUGGCAGACACCAGUCGAUGA